AUGGAGCGGCCCAAGGUCUAUUUUAUCGGUGUCACCAAAAGCAAAUCCAAUGAACAAGUAGCAAGAGCAGUUGUAGACUAUUUUGAUGAGGGUACCAAAGCGUUUUCUGAAUGCUCAGCAAUAAUUUGCUCGUCUUCCCAGCUAGCAAUUAGCUAUGCAAUUUCAGCCCAAGAAAAAACAUUCCUCCCAACCUUCUAUACAAAUAUUCUGACUGACGAACCUGUCCAGGGGAUUUCCGCCCUGCCAAGAAUUACUGAGCUGCCAGCAAAAUACUCCAAAAAGAGAGGAAAUAAAUUUGCCCUUAACUUCGACAAUCUCUUAAAGGACUACAGCGAGGUUUUCAUAUUUGUUGAAAAUGACUUCCUGGGCAAACCUGAAUGGGGAAGUUUGGAGCCAUUUAAAUCCAUUGAGUCAACAGAGAUCUAUUCAUGUGACCCUAAGCUUCUGUCUCAGAAUGUGAUAUCAGAUCAUCAUUUCCAGCAGGUACAAGAUCACAUAAAGGCCUCACUUAAAGAAGUUUUGCAGUCACUUUACAGAGAUUACUCUGAAGAAGUAGUUGAUGUGUGCAUGAAAUUAAAAGAAAAAAUCGACGAAGUGACAGGGAAAGCUAAAGAUCUGUCACAAAAACUUGUUGUGACUCCCAAAACCAAGAACAAUAGCUCAGAUAAAAAAAGAGUGGAAGAAACCCAGGAUAAAGUCAGAAAAACGUUUGAUAACUUGACAAAUCUCAAAGAAGUCAUUCUUAAAGCCCGCGACCAUGCUGAAACCCUUUAUCCACCUCCAGCAAAAGUAAUUCCUGCCGAAUUCUAUCUCAUUAGAAAUGUGACUUUACAAGAUGACGGAAAGUGGGAAAUAAAACUUGUAAACACCACUCAAGAUUAUUUCCGUCAGCUCGAAAUCUGGUGCAUAGAAACCAAAGAAAAAAUCUGUGAAUUCAAACUGGUGGAGCCUAAUUCGCGCAUUAAGAAGAUAAUUUCUGUAGUUAUGCCUGAGGAAGAAUUUUUCUAUAAACAUUUGAUAGCCCAAAGUGAAGGGAAAAUUGUUUCUGUUGCUUACCCUGUGACUCCUAUUCAAUUAAUAAGUGUAGAGAAAGACGAAGAACAUGAAAACCAAUUUAUAUGCACAUUAACCAAUAUGAGCAAAAAACUUUAUUUCAGGAAACUUGAAGUGGCUUGUGCUCAAUCCCCGGAAGUGUUUGGAGUCGAGGAUAGCACAAUCAAAUACUCAGAAGAUACAACAGCCACUGUUAGAUUUGAGAAAACCCCGCAUGAAGGCACAUUUCUUGUGCUGGAUGGAAAUAAAAUUGUGAGCAAUAGAUUAUUGACUGGCUUAAAAGAUGAAGAGGAUGAGGAAGAGGAGGAAGAAGAAGAAAAAAGUGAGGAAGACUCAGAGGAGCAGAGUGGUGAAGAGGAUUAA